GUGUUUCUCACCCGUGGUCCAUCUGAUCCGCAGUCCUGGUCCACCUGACGGUCCGCCACGCGGGACGUCCUGACCCGCCCCAUGAGCACCUUGGCAUUCGUGGAGCGCCAUUCAUCCUUUCAAAGUGGCUGCUCGGAGGAUGUGAGUCCCACAAUGACUGGACGCGAACGCUCAAGCAGCUACCGGCAGAGAUGUGUGGAUGAUUUUUUGAAGCAGCAUGGUUUCAAGGAUGUGAACGACCCGGUGCGGGACCCGUGCACCGCGUGGUUGCGGAGGGAGACGAUCUAUCCGAUUCACCUGGCUGCGAAGACCGGAGACUUGAAGGUCCUGCUACUGGGACGGAGGCUCUUGCUGCUGGCCUCGGGGGCGGAUCCCGAGGUCAUGAGCUCCAGUGGGCGCAAGGCCUGGCACUUCGCCAAGGAGGCCAACAAGGACAACUCUCAUCGAGAUGUUUUGCAGCUACUUUCUUCUCAGCAGAUUUCAGUGAAGCAGAUGGGCGAGAAAAGAAGCAGUGAAACUACUGUGUGGGAUAGAGACAUUGACCAUUUAGAUUCCCUCUUGCGGACUGCUGUGCGACAAGUAGAGCUCUGAGAGACACAGCUGGCCCCCGCGUGUCUCCAGGGCGCCAGGCAAACCCUGACAUGGGAUUCAGUAAACUGACGGUGAACGGGAGGAUGGCACGAGGAGUGAUUUCGAAAGGCUCCAACUGAGGGCAAUUCAACUGAAUGCAGGCUGGCUUUUUGGUGAGCCAACUUCGAAGUUCUUCGGACUUGAUCGAAAACAUGGAACAUGAACCGCC